AGCCUUUUUAGUACCCGUACCAGUGUACCACCGAAAGCUUUCCGAAGGCACACGCGAAGUGAUAUUUGAACCAUACAGUGAGAGGACAGAAUAUAGCCCCGUGGAUUGGAGCCAGCAGGUCACUCGCGAUGUCGUUGAUAAACGUCCGAACUCUCCGAGCCUUCACCACAGCACGGCGCACAACUCGGGGUCCUUUGUGGGCAGUUCUCCCAGUGAGCCUUGGGCGCCGCCAGCACACAGACUUGGGUUCGGAGAGCCAGUAUGACCGACUGUACCAGGGUCACAUCCCCACUAACCCCUUUCAGAAGGCCCUGCUAGCUGUGGGCUCAGGGGUGGCUGCCCUGCAGGACCCCUACAGGCAUGACAUGGUGGCAGUGUUGGGAGAGACGACGGGUCACCUGGCCUUGAGGAGUAUGCGGGACCAGAUGAAGAGCGAUCCUGAGGGGUGCAGCAUUCUCCUAGAGCGUCCACGCAUCCGUCUGUCCACUCUGGACCUUUCCCACAUGAGGACCCUGCCGGAGGGGGCCCUAGGGAGGGAGUACCUCCGUUUCCUGGAGGACAAUCAAGUGACCCCUGACUCGCGGGCGGAUGUGAAGUUUGUGGACAGUGAGGAGCUAGCGUACGUCAUGCAGCGCUAUCGCGAAGUGCAUGACCUCCUGCACACGCUGCUCGGAAUGCCCACGAACAUGCUGGGCGAGGUUGCAGUGAAGUGGUUUGAAGCUGCUCAGACCGGCUUGCCCAUGUGCAUUCUGGGAGCUGCACUGGGACCUCUACGCCUCUCUAGUAGACGGCUGCAGCCGCUGGUCACGUCCCUGGGCCCGUGGGCGCUGCGAAGCGGGAGACGGGCGCGCUGCGUUCUGAGCGUCUUCUACGAGCGCCGCUGGGAGCAGAGCCUGGAGUCGCUGCGGGAGGAGCUGGGCAUCGAGCCGCCGCCGCUGACGCUCCGGACAGCCCGCAGAGCGUCCCCUCCUGACUCCUGAGUCACAGCGGCGCUGCUCCAAACUAAUGGGUUUAAAUUGCUCUGCAGUGAAAGGGAGGGGUUUUACGCGUCUCAGCCGUUGUCCACCAUGUCCAGCGCCCAGCCGUGUGAGUCGAGUUCAAGGCUGGAAUUCUCCCUCUGCGUGCCUGCACUCUGAUCCCUGACCGGCAGAAUGAUGAGCCUGACGGGAAUGAACCGCACAUGGUUUUGGCAUGGUUGGAAUUCAGCUCUUCCCCUUCCCUUCAUUCCGUUUCCUGUGACACAGAACGCACGUGUUCAGGGGAGGGGGGUCGGUGCAUUCCCAGGCUCCGAGCAGUCCAGGGAGGAUGAGAACUCCCCCAUUUGGGCAACUGGUACCGCCAGACAUUAAACAUGACUAGAUGUGUGCGUCAUUCGCUGAAUCACUUUUUAAAACAUGCUGCUUUGUGUGCUUGUAAAGAAAAUAAAAUCAACAUUGGAAAUAUUGGUGCAAUUUGGACCCAGAAUUUCUCACAAAUUAAUGAGCAGGUCAUGGAAUCCCAGGUACUGCGUUAAUCACAUUCUUUACCUGCAAGCUUGGCCAGACGCGGGAGUGAAAUGAUAGUCUGCUUAAAAGAAGAUUUCUUUUCUGAUAAGUAUUUAUUUGAUUUGCACUGUGCACUGUGAAGAUGUUUAAAUAAAUGCACUGAAAUCCCAGUAGAAGUGUCAUCAUUACCGUAUCACUGAGUAAACUUGGAGGGCCAAAUUACUGAUGACCGACAAGGGCAGCUCCCGGCAGCGCACUGGAGUUCCUCUGUUUCGACUGAAUUGUAUUUAAAAUAACAGUGGCUUAUGUAAUGCACACACACUCAAACACAGUGCAGUCUGUCAGCAUUUGGACAGCGGUACAUUUUUUCGUCGUUGUUUUGUCUCCAUGGUACUCCAACGUGCGGUAACGCUCAGUGACAGGAAGCGCUCCGUCAAAGACCAAACCUAGCAACGUACAAGUGUGUCAUGUUCCAAAAGUGAACUUUAAAGAAAUAAAAACGGGUGCAGCACAAUGUUCUGUCAAAGGCGAAACAGCAUGCUCUUUCUUUCAGCGAUGGAUUGAAUUAAGAAAUUAAACGCACCAGCCUAUCGAUGUAUUUUACUCAUAGGCUGUGUGUUCCUAGCAGCCCGUUACGGUCCAUUGAUUUUUUUUUUUAAUAACUUGAAGCACUUGAUUCCGUUGCUACGGUUGCGCAUGUAAUUUAGGUUGUUUCCCACUGCUGCACGUGAGAUCUAUUCAUUUAAAAAAUACAUUUUUUUAACACA